AUGGACGGGGGGAAAUCGAGCGCUUCGGCAGGAAAACCGGGCGGUCUCAAACAGAGAGAACCACGUCGAGGACCCCGUUUCCAACAAUACACCCCCUUGAACGCCCCUAGGGAGAAGAUCCUCCGAGAAGUGCUAAGUGCGGAAUUGCUCCCUAAACCCAUGAAGCGACCUACUCCGUCAGGCGCGGACGGAAGCAAACACUGUGUAUACCACAAGAACAUGGGUCAUACUACGGAAGAGUACGUGACCCUAAAGGACAAAGUUGUAGAGCUAAUCCGGACGGGACAACUGAAAAAAUACGUUCGAGUUGACCGUCCUCCGGUACCCGGAGAGCGACCUAGCCCGCGGCAGGCCUAUAGGCACGACAAAUCUAGAAACAAUCGGACUGAUCGUCCAUGCUCGGAGCAGCGACGAAGCAAAAGCCGCAAUAGAAGUCGUGAUCUUCCUUUGCGGGGACACAUCAACACCAUAUCAGGAGGUUUCGCCGGGAAAGGGUCAUCCUCGUCCGCCCGAAAACGCCAUGUGCGGGCUCUGCAAUCCGUUUACUCAGUGGACAAGCUCCAGCGUACGAUGCCACCUAUCACGUUUUCGGACGACGACUUCCAUGCCCCUGAUCCCGACCAAGACGACCCGAUGGUGAUAACAGCGGAGAUCGCCCGGUACGGUGUAAGUAAAGUCCUGGUGGAUCAGGGAAGUUCGACUAACAUCCUCUACUGA